AACUUCAGCUCUCCAACUUCUACUUGUAGCUAAUCUCCUGGUGCUUCCAUGGCCGUAGAGAACAUGUCACCAUUACUGGUUCCAAUCAAACUCACGAGUGAUAUAUAUAGCUAUCGACAGUGGAGAACUUUCUCCCUUUCAUAUUUUCACCACCAUCAUAUUUCUGGAAUCAUUAAUGGAACAGAGCCUCGUCCUGGGCGAGUUCAGUCUGCCCUUACUAAUUGGUAUGGCAGAGAGCAACAGGCUCUGAAAUGGCUAAAAGCCACUCUAUCUGUAAGUCUCCAACAAAUUGUAAUGCCCGCCGGAGUUGACUCUUCACGACAGGUCUGGCUCAAUCUCGAGGAACACUUCGCCCGUCUCGCUCAUGCUCGCAUCUAUCAGCUUAAAUCUGAUCUACACAACGUGAAGAAAGAUCCCGACAUGCGGAUGACUGCGUAUCUACAAACUAUCAAACAGUUGGCGGGCGAUCUUGCGGCUGCCGGUGCUCCUGUGGAUGAUCUCGACCUACUUAAUGUACACAUCCUGGCAGGAUUACCAGAGGAGUACAAUCCCAUUCGUGCAAGGAUGAAAGUCUCUCCAGUAAGUAGUUGGGCUGAAUUGGAUGACUUAUUAUUGAAAGAGGAAAUUCAUCUGGAUGAACAGCGAGACCACGCUAUCGGGAUCGAUCUGGGGACAACGUAUUCCCGCGUAGCUGUGUGGCAGAAGGAUCAUGUAGAGGUUAUACUGAACGAUCACGGGAACAGGAAGACUGCAUCUUAUGUUGCCUUCACUGAAGCUGUUGAGACUAAUUUGGUAGGUGAUGCAGCAUUUAACCAAGUCGUCAGAAACACAGCCAACUCCAUCUUUGAUACAAAGCGGCUAAUCGGUAGGAGAUUCAAUGAUGCUUCUAUUCAAAGUGAUGUGAAGGACUGGCCAUUCAAGGUCGUUGAAGGUCCAGCUGACAGGCCCGUGAUUGUGGUUACCCACAAUGACCAAGAUAAACAAUUUUCUGCUGAAGAAAUCACAGCCAUGGUUCUGGAAAAGAUGCGGAAGAUUGCCGAGACCUACCUGGGCUCAACUGUGAAACAUGCAGUUAUCACUGUCCCUGCUUACUUCAAUGACUCGCAACGUCAGGCUACAAAAGAAGCUGGCCUCUCUGCUGGCCUAAAUGUGAUGCGUAUUAUGAACGACCCAAGUGCUGCUGCCAUUACUUAUGGCCUUAGCAAGAAGUCCGGUUGGAGUAGCACGAGAAACGUAAUGAUAUUUGAUUUGGGUGGUGGCACUCUGGAUGUGUCAUUGCUUACCAUGACUAGUUCUGGUGACUUUCAAGUCAAGGUGACGGCUGGAGACACUCACCUCGGCGGGGAAGACUUCGAUAACAGAAUGGUGAAGUAUUGUGUCGAGGAAUUCAAGAGGGAGAAGAAAUUCGAUGUUAGUGAAGACUUCAGGGCUCUUAGGAGGUUAAAAAACCAAUGUAAGAAGGCCAAAGAGAGACUCUCAUUUGAGUCUGACUUUGACAUUGAAAUUGAUUGUUUGUGUGAGGGUACUGAUUUCACUAUAACUUUUACCCGUCACAAAUUUGAACAACUGAAUGAGGAUUUGUUCAUCAAGUGUAUGGAGCCUGUGAGGAAGUGUUUGACGGAUGCGAACAUAGACACAAGCAGUGUCCAUGAUGUCAUUCUCGCCGGUGGCUCCUCUAGAAUUCCAAAGGUUCAAGAGCUAUUAAAGGAGGUUUUCAAGGGGAAGGAGCUUUGCAAGGGCAUUAAUCCGGAUGAGGCGGUGGCAUGUGGUGCCGCCGUUCAAGCUGCAGUCUUAAGUGGGACUGUAAAUAGGAAGUUUAUUCAAGACUUCACCCUCUCGGAUGUCACUCCUCUGCCACUUGUUCUGGAGUUUACCGAUUAUGUUACAGUCAAGAGACUCGAGAAUUUAAUUCCAAGAAACAUUAGAAUUCCUAUGAUGGAGAAAGCACGUUUUACUCCUGUUCAGGACAAUCAACCUUCAAUCAAUUUCUGCAUAUAUGAAGGUGAGAGUAGCGUACCUGAGAGUAUGAACUUUUUGGGUGAAUAUAGCCUCCAAGAAAUUCCUGCAGCGGCUAAGAAUCUUCCUGAAUUUGAGGUUUGCUUUGCUAUUGAUGCUGAUGGCAUCUUGAGUGUCUCUGCUGAGGAUAAGCACACUGGCCAGAAGAAAGAGAUCUUAUUUAACCGUGACAAACCGAAGAAGAUUGAGGGAUUUGAGAAUCAAGAUGAAGUUAAAAAUGAUAAUCUAUAGUAUAGUAAUGUUGAAAUAAGAUAUAUUUAUAAAAUCAAUUUGAUAUAUGUGAUGUAUACACAAAAGCGCUUAAGCACUAA